AUGGCGGUAUUCCGCAGUUAUAAGACACGCACCAACAGAGUGAAGUGUAAGACAUACCACGAUAUGUCAUGCUGCAACGGAGAGCCAGAAGAAAAAGGCCCACAACCGGCGGCGAAGAGACAACGAGCUCUUGAGCAGCCCGACCAGCAGUCAUCCUCCGGGUUCAAGCCAUAUCAGAGAUUCCGGAUUCUGGAAACUCAGCGUGAGGAGAUUACGGCGUCAUAUGUGCAACUUACACUCGACACCGCACCUGAACCCGCCCCGGAGCUUCACACCGUGUUCGGCAUACCAAAGAACGAUGAAGACAUGCAGGUACCAGUGGUCUCUAGAGUGGUCCCUGCGUCCAAGCCCGAGAAGCCCACACAAAAGAAAAAACCAGUAGAAAUAGAAGAGGUAUUCGAAGACUUUGCACUCGUUCUGUCCUCGUCCACUGACGAGGAGGUCCAGGCCCCCGUUGAGGAGGUAGUCCUGUCCUCGUCCACUGACGAGGAGGUCCAGGCCCCCGUUGAGGAGGCAGUCCUGUCCUCGUCCACUGACGAGGAGGUCCAGGCUCCCGUUGAGGGGGGAGUCCUGUCCUCGUCCACUGACGAGGAGGUCCAGGCCCCCGUUGAGGAGGUAGUCCUGUCCUCGUCCACUGACGAGGAGGUCCAGGCCCCCGUUGAGGAGGUAGUCCUGUCCUCGUUCACUGACGAGGAGGUCCAGGCCCCCGUUGAGGAGGUAGUCCUGUCCUCGUCCCACCCCGGGGUCCCAGGAACAGAUUAA